AUGUUCGAAUCCAUUGUGACAGAAUAUCUCGAUAAAAUAAAAAGUAAAGAUUGGACAAUUCUCGGAAUCUUGGAAUUUGCGCAAUCGAACUCGAAUCCCAAAUUAUCCGUGGCUACAAUCAAUGAUUUCAAGGAAGACCUAUACGCAAUAUUACAGAGCUAUAGAGACAAGUGUAACAUUCACAUAUAUACCAAAAACAAAGCGACGAAGAUUUUAUCUAAUUUUGAUUCAUUAUUCUCCACCGCCGAAGUGAAGCAAUUCAUUAAAGAUCUUGAAUAUCACGAGGAAGCGCGAAUAAACGUAACAUCAACUUACACCGCCACAGUAUUAAGGGAUCAACAAGAAAACCAAAUACUUAUUGAUCAAUUACGAGAAACAUCCUCGGAAAAGGAAAAGGAACGUGAAAAAAUUACUAGACCACUUGAUGCGGAAGAAGAUGAUGACCAUUCGUACAAACGUCAAUGUAAAAAAGACGAAGGACUAUCAGAUUUGAUCGAGGUUUUAGAUGAUGAAGAACCCUUUGUUGAAUGGGAGUUUGAUACACCGAAACCAAGUUGGCUGGAUAAAAUAGCACACGAGCGUGAUUCAUUAAUUUACAAUGCUUUUAAUUAUAAUAAUAAAAUGACUCAAUAUGAAUUGUCAUUAAAUCCAAUCUGGUGGAGGAUUAUUGAUAUAUCUGAUCCAGAGAUCGGGACCCUUAUGUCGGAAAAUGAAUUGUCAGAAUUGAAUGCGAAGUUUUCAUCCCUUCUAGAAAACUGGACCACAUUAGAACCAAAAGCGGAAAGUUGCUUGCAGUCCCUCGAAAAGCUUGACAACGAUCAGCUCCGCACUAUUGGAGAAAUUGUAAGACCUAAAGGAACACAUGGUGCGAUUCUCGAGCUUCAAAAAUUAUUGGAAAAUAUAAAGGAACAGAAAGCUCCAGAAUCGGAUAAUUUAUUUGAAGACGAAAAAGAUAAUGAGACGGAUCAGCAUAAAGAGAUUCCAUCAUUGACUCCCGACGAUUGUAUGAAUCCGGAUGUUGCUUUCAUUUUUGAUUUGAUUCGAUUUACAUGUGAAAUGAUUUCAAAGGGGAUUACUCAACGACAAAAUACUGAGCGCGACAUUGAUGUAUUUAUAAAACGGCACAUUUUCUCUUGUUUCGAUACUAUUCUGGAUAGUCACUUUGGCGAGAUGGUAUCUAGGUCUUCCCGAAAUCGCCGAGCAGAGGCAAUAAAUGCACCAACUAAUGCAGAAGGUUACCACUUGGACUGGAUGUUCACAAGGCAUGACUUAGGAAGAGAGUUAAGUUGGGGUCGCGAGUUUUCCCUUUGUGAGCGUACGGGAUCAAAAAUUGAAGACACGCCUAAGAUUUUUUCAAACUCACUUAAAGUACAGAAAACAUUACGCGACAUGCACCAAAAUCUAAUUAAGACAAUAUUUGCCGAGGGUGGGGGAACACUUUCGAAACCAGUCCUUGAAGCGAGCACAAAGCUUUUAAUGCCCGGAUUUUUAUCAUCUUAUUUUUUUAUGCGUGCAAUUCUAAUUAUAUAUAUUGGCGGCGGAUUUUAUGCGUCCGUAAAUUUAUCCGAAUUUUAUAUCCCAAUAAAAUAUCAAGAACUUGAGUUCCUCAUUAAAAUGUCACGAAUAAUGCUCCAAAUAAAGAAAUUAUUAUCAAUUUCUAUUUCACGAUUCAAGCAAAUGAAAAGCAGGGCAGGAAGAGAGAAAUUUGCACUCGGAAAGGUGACAAUGCCUACUGGGGAGAGGGAAUACAGAUCCUUCCAAAAACCGAGGGAAGUAUCUCCUAUAAAAGAUAUUUCGCCACUUAUCGAGAGCCAUUCUUAUGAGGAAAAAGGUAUUACCCCCGAUCCCUUGCUUGAAAUAGAAUAUAGCUCAUCUACAACUUCUUUACCACAAAAUAUUAUCCAUGACGAUUCAGCUGAGAUCCUUGACUUUGUAGAAACGAUACAUAAGGAAAGGAUUAGUAGUGAGAUAAGAGAGAGGAACCGGGAAAAAAAACUUCAAGAAUCACAUAAUAACUUGACACCACCGAUACAAUCCAAAGUAUCAACCAUGUCGACAUCUGAAUCUCAGGACUCGAAAACUGUGAAAAAGAUUUGGGAUCAGAAUCAACAUAAAAGCCAGGAGAAAACAUCUCAAUCGCACAAGAAAAAGGGAACUGAGAAUAUCGCUCAAGUAAUAGCUGAUGGCAUUCAGGAUGUACUUAGUUCUGCUGAUAAUACUAUUUCAGAUGAGUCGGAGACUCGAAGCUUUGCUUCCUCAAAUCAUGUAACUGAGAUUUCAGCGACGGCCCGUCGUCAAAAUUCUGAUACUAUCUCAUUACUCGAUUUAGCUCAAUUAUUUGAUAAAGCAACUAAUGCUGAAUAUCAUGCUAUGAAGGCUAAUCAGGAAGAAACCUUAUGCUGGGUCAACUACGGAAAAGAAUUCAUAAUUCAAUAUAAUGAUCUUAUAAAAAAUAGUAAUGGCAAAAUUGGCGAGAAGAAGGCGAAGGCAUCUUACUAUUAUCCGUGA